AUGAACUCCAUCAACUUCUCACUGCUUUUGAUCUCUUUGUUUGCAACAGUCGCUCAGGCCUACUUGACUUACUACUACUACUAUCCCUCCAACAACAACGCCAAUAACGCCGCCACAACGUACUACUACUACCCCAGUAAUAAUGGAUACAGCAACUACAACACAAACGGAUACUACUAUGAUAGUGGCUCGUCCAACUACUACAAUCCUUACAACACCUACACCUACAAUACGAAUGGGAAUGGAUGUAGCAAUUGUGGAACAAAUGGUUACACUCCUUACUAUUACUAUUACUACGGCAGAAAGUAA